GUAUGACCCUGUUAUUGGUAGAGGCACUCGGUGAAAAAAUGACGGAAUCGUGGAUGUUCUCUCAUCGAGAAAAUACUACAAAUAUGAUCCAUUUAUUCUAGGUAAGUUUGUUAUAUUCCAUAUCCGUAUGUAAGGAAACCGAAGCAGUCUUGGCUCAAUGUUCUAAAAGUGAAUCCGAGGAGAAUCAUUUUCGGAGAAUAUGAAGAAAAAGAUCUAGUGACUUUGCAACAAGAAAACAAUGAUGCUGUUAUGAUGACCACAGUUGAAGACCUUGAAGUCGACCAUUUGGUACAUGCUCCUGGAGAACCGAUCAAUAUUGAUUUCGACGUGGCAGAUGCAGAACCUAAUGAUGAAUUCCGAUGUAAUUUAUCAUAAUUCAGAUGAUGAUGAAGAUGGAGAUGAAGAUGAACCAUACUAAGUUGAUUAAUUAAGUACUCAUAUGUAUAAUAUUAUCUUGUAAUAUGAUGUUCUAAACUUCGGUUACCAUAUAUAAUAUUAUGUUUCAUAUAUAUGUUAUACACUUUAUUUGUCAUAUUUAAUAUACUAUGUUGUAAGAUGAUGUUAUUUUUGAUUUAGGGUUUCGAUUUUGGGAUUAGGGUUUCGAUUUAGGGGUUAGGAUCCAGGUUUAUUAUGUACAUUUUUAUUUGCCUCCAAAAGUUCUUAAAUCGCAAAAUUUUUUUAAAAUAUAUGUUCUAAUAUUAAAUUAUGUAUAUUUGUAUUUUCAAAUUUAUUUUCAAAUUUAACGACUGAUUACCUACUGAUUACCGACUAUUCAGCCAAAAAUUUGGUUUUGCCUCCAAAAAUUAUUGAACCGCGAAAAUAUUUGGUUAUAAUUUGAUAUUGAAUUUCAAUUUAAUUUUCAUUUUAAAAAAUGGUGACUAAAUUCCGACUGAUCUAAACCGCGAAAACCCAAAAUUUUAUUUCAUUUUUGGACCUAAAGCCCGCGUGAACCAAAGCCCAAGAGGUUAUUACCCUUUCUGUUUUCGCGAAAGAAGAAACCCUAAUCUCUGACUCUCAAUCUCGACGGCCACUCUCUGAUAACCGACGAAUCUCGAUCUCGAUCUCGAUCUCUCCCACUGAUAUCUCCCACUGAUCUCUACCACCGAUCUCUCCGAAUAUGGGUGGAAAGAGGAAGCGAAAUACCAUCAAACCGAACACCUCUCGGGUUACACAACGCCCGUCUACUUUACCAACUCAGUAUGACUUCGUACCGAGGGAUCCAUCUCCGUCCAUCCCACCCGUUCUCCCUAAGAAAAAUCCUCUCCCUAAGAACAAUCCUCUCCCGUCUGUUCGCGAUUAUCCUCCUCCGAGAAAGCUUUUUCCGACAACGAACUUCCCACCUUCUCAAUCAGCUAUGUCGCCUCUCACUCCAGCUGCUGCGACGUCUCAACCUCAACAGCGACAAACUCAGUCGACUGAACAUAUGAACGCACUUCCUCCAAGUCAAGCGGCUCCCGUUCGAGCAUCUCAAACGCCUCACAGUUCUGAAGAACAAAAUUCUCAUUUUCCAGAAGAGAAGGAGGAGGAUAUGUCCGAUGUAGAGGCUCCGGUUCAACCUAAUCUUGCCUCUGACCAUUUGGUUCUUUUGAACUCCCUCCUAAACCAGCCAGGUCGAGCGAAGAACACAACUGUCCUGUCUCGCAACCUUGAGCCUGAAACCACAUGGUUUGGUUAUGACAAGUCGAGCUUGUCUAGGAAGAUUACCAAGAUUUUAAGGAACAAGUUUAAUAAGUCUUUCUACAGCUGGACUCAUGUGCCUAGAGACAGACAAGAAAAUUACUUUUUGGAAUUUGCCAAAACACAUGGGAUCCAUCAUUGACUGGUGUUGUGCAAGAACAUUUCGAGGCCAUUGCUCUAUUACGACUGAAAGACAUGGUCAGCGAAGUAAGGACUUCUCGGCAGCAGCCUGAUUGGAUACGCGACACACUGUGGAAAACAAUGACCGACUAUUGGGACACUGACGCUGCGGUUGCAAAGAGUGCUACAGCAUCAGCAUCUAGAAUGUCUGACCGUCAAGGUCUUGGCUUUCACACGCAUAACUCUGGCCAGAAGUCUUAUAUGCAGCUCCACCAAGAGAUGGUUGUUGAAUUGGGAAGACCAAUGAGCUUUGGUGAAGUAUUCAUCAGAGCUCAUACAAAGUCUGAUGGAACCUUUAGUGAUUUCAAAGCUGAACAAGUUAUUGAGGCUUUCAAGAACAAAAAGUAAGCUAAGUUGGCCACCCUUGAGACUGAUGAUCACACCGAGACUGGGCAGCAUCCACCACUAUCAAUAGAAGAGGAGAAUGAGCUGUUUAUUCAGGUCACUUUCACCAAUGACAGGGGGCAAAUUUAUGGCCUUGGAAGCUUGAAGAACCAACUUAAUAAAGUGGUAUAUGACCCAAGAAGCUUGUCCUCUUUCAUCCAAAUGCAACAGCAACUUGAAGAAGCUCAACGCCAAAUCAAAGAACAAGCUGCUCUUCUUGCAAAGGCUGAGGAAGAUCGUGCCCAAGCUGCUGCUGCUGCGGCAAAGGCUGAGGAAGAGCGUUCCAGAGUUAUAACUACUCAGCAAGCUACGAUCGAUGAGUUGUUAAUGGUUCGGAAGUACAUGGCCACCACAGACCAGAGAUUCUUGGACUUCAUCUCCAAAGAAACAGCUUCAUCUGAUCCCCAUCAUGUUUAGGUCUUGCAUUUCCCUUCUUUUGUACUAAAAACUAUCUUUUUGAUGUGUGAAACUUGUAAACUCUUUGGAGUUGUUCUUUCUGUUUGAAACUUGAAAACUCCUAAGUAUUGGAGUUCUUUUGUGUAUGGUACAUGUAUUUAAAACUUUUAUGAUUUCAAAA